GGCUCGUAUAAAAAAAAAUUAAAGUUCUUUUGUCCAUUUUGUAGGCUAUUUUUUAAAAAAAUAAAGCUUUGUUUAUCACUUUUUGCUAAGUUUUUUUACUGCUAAAAGUGACUUUUGCUGAAAUGGUCCAUUCUAUGCAGCACGCGGUGAGAAAUCUCACAUUUCUUCGGUCAUGUAUCCUGAAGCUAUCAUCCCAAAAAUUCCAUCGUAGUUUUCCUAUUCAAACCGCUGAGGUUUCAAAACCUGCGCCAAAUUUCGCAGUCACUGCAGUUGUGAAAAAUAAAUUCGAGGACAUUAGAUUGACAGAUUACAAAGGAAAGUACGUUGUUCUGUUGUUCUAUCCACUAGAUUUCACAUUUGUCUGUCCAACAGAAAUAAUUGCGUUCAGUGACAACGCUGAAGAAUUUCGUCAGAAGAACGCUGAAGUUUUGGCUGUUUCGGUUGACUCACCUUACUGCCACUUGGCUUGGAUUAAUACAUCUCGUAAAGAAGGAGGAUUGGAAUCUAUAAAUAUACCUCUUCUAUCUGAUUUAACAAAAGAGAUGGCCAAGGACUAUGGAGUUUUGCUUGAUGCUGGUAUGGCUUCAAGAGCUUCAUUUAUUAUAGACAGAGAACAGAUAGUUCGCCAAAUAACAGUAAAUGAUAAUGCAAUUGGCCGCUCAGUGCAGGAAACUAUGCGCCUAAUCGAUGCUUUGCAACAUCAUGAAAAACAUGGAGAAGUGUGCCCGGUUGAUUGGACGCCAAACUCUUCUACUAUCAAACCUGAUCCAGUUGGCGCUAAAGCUUAUUUUGGGAAGAUUAAUUAUUAAAAAUUCAUUCACUAACCUUUUACUUGUGAAUUAUAUGGUCAAAAUCGAUUUCUAAGCCUAACAGUCUGGAAAUAAAGUGAAACUCUUUUAUUUUAAUUCAUUUUACCUUAACAUUUUGAGUGAUUUUGUUAAAAUACAAAGAACUUUACUAAGUGAUCUCUACGGCCGCUAAAUAUUUUUGCUUGAUUGGAUGAAAAAGUUUGGCGCAAGAAGAAGCUAUGUAAGCAAUAAAGGCACAAUGUAGCUUUUUUU